GGCCACCAAAUGAAGGGAUAAAUUAUGAAUCCUCAGAGUGCAAUAAAUUCUUCUAGCGCCCUUGAGGGGGUUCAUGGAGUGCAUCUGGCAUCUCGUUCACCAUUUGUAGCAGAAGAGAUUCCUCAACAUGGGGAAUUGAAUCAGUCCAUCUCUGAAGGUUCAGCUUUUGGAGCUAAUCAGACACUAUUAAUGCAACGCAUUUGGCAGCAGAGGCCACCAUGCCUGAGGCCUAUCCGCUGUAAUAUUCAAGGUGAUCACAACCUGAUAGAGACAAUUGCUAAUGUGCUCACUUCACUUCCUUUUAUUAUCCUUGGAAUCCAUACCCCAAGGAAGAAUUUGAGUAGUAAACUAUAUGCUAAUUCGUUAAUUGGAGUUGGAGUUGCUUCAAGUUUGUACCAUUCUUCAAGAGGAGAACUGAGGAAGUAUCUAAGAUGGGUCGAUUAUACAAUGAUAGCCACUGCAACAGUUUGUCUUUCAAGUGCACUAAGGAAUGAGAAUCCUAAGUUGUUGACUGCAGCUUCUGCUGUAUUUUUACCUUUCCAGCCUUUAAUGGUUUCAGUUGUUCACACUGGGUUAAUGGAGGUAGCAUUUGCGGAAAGAGCAUUGAAGGAACCAGAUCUGAGAAUGGCCCACAACCUGCAUAAAAUAUCAUCUCUUUUGAGUGGGGUUCUUUUUGUUGCUGAUGAUGUUUUUCCCAGCACACCAUACCUUCAUGCUGCUUGGCAUCUUGCUGCAGCUGUUGGUGUUGGGACAUGUAAUAAACUUCUUGAAUGAUAUUUGAUCUAGACCUUCAGUUAAAAAAAGGUUACCUCAUAUAUUCCCUGAGGUGAUAGUAACGAUCCUGUAAUUCACCAAAUUUGUAUAAAUCCCAAUUUUUUCAGGAAACUUGUCUUGUAAAAAGUUACAAAAUUUUGAAUCUAUUUCUAUCCUAUUAAUCUUGUAGAUCACCUAAA